CAACGAAGGAAAUGAGGGGAAGUUGAUUAUAGGGGAGCCCGACUUCCUGCUAUCUCAUGAACGAACGUUGAUGGAAAAGUUGAUGAAGAGGAGGCACCGCGCCUAUGCGUUUAGUGACGAGGAGCGUGGCAGGCUGGAUGUGGACAAGAUACCUAUGAUCCGCAUCCACACCAUGCCACACGAGCCUUUGAACAUGAGAGGGGGACGGUAUUUUAAUCCUGACGAGGAAAAGAAGGCGAUGGAUUACCUCGACGGCAAUAUACGUACGCACGUCGCCGACUAUUCGAGUGGACCGUAUGCGUCCCCGUGGUUCUGCUUCAUCAAGCCUAACGGGACACUACGGUGGGUGCAAGAGUUGCAGAGGCUGAAUACGGUGACCGUGCGGGAUGCUGGAGGGUUGCCCAAUGCAGACGCGUUGUCAGAAUCCUGUGCUGGAAGGCCUAUAAUUUUGCUUAUAGACCUUUACUCAGGAUAUGAUCAGUUUCCGGUCUACCUGCCGGACAGACCGGUGACGGCUAUGCACACGCCGCGAGGACUAAUCCACAUGAACGUGGUCCCACAAGGGUGGACCAACGCGGUAGCAAUGGUCCAACGGGCCAUGAUUCGGGCUAUGCAGUCAGUCAGCCCCCAUAUCACAAAGCCAUACAUCGGCGAUUUGGCGGUGAAGGGGCCGGCAGUGAAGGAGAGCGACGAAAUCUCGCCAGGGGUAAAGCUCUUUGUUUGGAAGCACAUCCAGGACCUCGAAAAGGUCUUGAGCCUGCUCGAGGAGCAUAACCUCACGGCGAGCAGGGCCAAAUCCAGACACUGCAUGAGGGAAGCGACUAUCUUGGGGUUCGUCUGCAGCGAGAAGAGCCGAAGGACGGAUGUGAAGAAGACGGACAAGAUUACUUAGUCUGACUUUACGAAGAUAGUCAUGCCAAGAGGAGGGAAGGGGACACGGCCGCCUCGGAGGCCAUUGGGCGCAUCAGGAGGGUAUGAGCGGCAUGGGUCUCGCCAUCGAGAGAGUACUCCGGUAUACGAUGAUGGGGACAUCGAGCUAUUCCUAGACAGUUUUUGGGAGCAUGCAAGGCGUAUGGGCUGGACCGUGACCCAGGCGAUUGAGAGAUUGAGGGGAGUCGGCAGAUUCGAGGAGCCCGUCGCGCGGAUCCGUAGGGAGGCGACGACGAGGUCAGAGGUGGAGUUGAGGAUGCAGGAGCUGCGACCCUCGCCUAUGGGACCAGAUGGCAAGCCGAUCCGCCUAGAGAUCGGAAAUGCAGCAGACUUUAUUCCCGCUUUCGAGUGGUUCAUGCAAGGGCAGGGUACACCGAGAGAUGAGUGGGCGAGGACGUUACUCCUCUCGACGAGAAAGGCGGAGAGACCACUGGCUAGGCAGGCGGAGGAGGUGCCACGAGAGGAGGUGCCACAGGCGGAGGUGCCACGAGAGGAGGUGCCACGAGAGGAGGUGCCACGAGAGGAGGUGCCACAAGCGGAGAUACCACAAGAGAGGAUGCCACGGGAGGAGGUCCAGGAUGAUCAGCGAGAGAGAGGGCUGGGCGAUGAGGGGAGACGUGCAGGGAAGGAAGUGAUAGAGGUUGGAGAGGACACGCCCCCUCAGACGCCAGCGGUAGGUUUGAGACUCGGGGGUGCACCCGGGAGCGCUUGCCAGACAACAGAGGGAUUGCAGAGAGAGGAGGCCCCGUUGCCUUCAUUAGGGAAGGCUCCUCCGCCAGAAGAGAGGGAAGAAAGGAGGAGAGAAAGGGCAACUGUAAGAAGAGAAGCCUUGACCCUGAUUGAUAGGCAUCUAGCAGCUCAUGCUCUGGAGCACCCAGACCUGGAGGAGCCAGCACCUGCAGAGCCCCGCCAGGAGUCGUGCCAACCAGAGCAGGAGAUGGAGGCAGAGAUCCCAAAGAGGGUCCACCUCCGCAUGAGGGAAGGAGCGCCAGCUGGAGAGACAGCUGAAGAAAAGAGGGCGAGAAGAACCAGGAGGAUAGACGAGAUAUGGCAAGAGAGGCAGAGGUUGGAGGAAGCGGGGGCACUCCCGGAGCAGCAGCAGGAGAGGCAGAGAUUGGAAACAGCACGGGCACUCCCGGGUCAGCCACCCAGCGAGCCAGCUAAGGCCCCGGAAAUCCCAGAGAUGUGGAGGGGCUUCUGGGAGCAAAGAGGAGAGGAGUUUCCCUCGCCAAUCAGAGUCGGGUUUGGAAUAGCGAGAAAGGCGGAAGAGAGGCUGGAUCGCAAACUCAAGUUCCUGGCCAAGACAACUUUUGAUCGGCGCUUGUUAUUGGAGAGCGAUCUGGCAGGGAAGAAGACGAAGGAAGAAGGUCAUGGAGUACGCCUGGAGGCUAUGGAGGUGGAAAUCCAGGAACUCAAGGCACUCGUGGCUAUUCAGGCAACUAUCAUCAAGAGCCUGAGGCAGCAGCAAACCCAGGGAAAGGUGGACAAGCCAGAGAGCAGCCGGCAGGGAGAGCAGAGGCAGCCAGGACAUGGGUUACCAGGACAGUCAUCUGCAGCAGAGCCUCGCCUGGAGCCACCUAUGGGGAGGGUUAUCCUGGAGCCAGAGGAGGCGAGAGCCCAGAGAGAAGCGGAGAGAGGCCUUUGAGUUCAGAGCCCGUACCGAGCUCGCGACGCU